AUGUCAGCCGGUGGAAUUCCCAACCUCGUGGUCAGGGAUGACAAGCUCGUGUCUCAAACGCGACAAGCUCAGCCCAGACUGCACCAGCCUACUCCUCGGAUCAACGAGGCUCAAGUUACAGUAGGGCGUAAGAUUGGAAGUGGAUCUGUUGGUCAUGUAUACGAGGGGAAAUAUGAGCAACAUCCUGUUGCGAUCAAGAAGCACAAGUUGGAUGGAAGCAUGAUGGAUCAAAAAGCAUUGAUAGAAUUCGAGAUUGAAGUUGGCAAGAUGACUGCUGUCAACCAUCCUUGUAUAGUACGAUGUUAUGGAAUGCUGGAACCUUCCCCUGGAAUUGUGAUGGAGCUUGUGCAAGGGGGUAGUCUGUUUCAAAUCUUGCAUGGCGAGCGAGGUGAAACGUUUGCGCAAUAUAACCAAAGGCUACACUGGUUCACACGGCUCCGAUUCCUCCUCGAUGCGAUGUAUGGACUGAGGGCAGUGCAUAAUGCUGGACUCAUUCACGGGGACUUCAAGACUUUGAACUUGCUUGUUGGGCCGGAUCAGCGCGUCAAAGUUGCCGACUUUGGACUCUCGAAAGUGCUGGACGCACUUUCUGUGCUACCAGGAACCAAGACCAUCACGGGAACUCCGCAGUACAUGGCUCCCGAAGUCAUGCUCACACAGCCACAGGGAAUGCGUGUAGACAUUUACAGCGUUGGUAUCGUCAUGUGGGAAGUGCUUACGGGCGCCAUACCUUGGAAAGGGAUGGACAUCGUGCAGAUUAUUCACCAGGUUACGCAGGAGGCAAACAAGACCCAGAAGCCUCCACCAGGACGUCCUCCCGUGGACAACAUGCACUUGCUGUGCGCUCCCUUGGGAUACGUGCAGGUCAUGCACGAAUGUUGGUCGCAUUACCCGAACGAAAGGCCAAGCACGGAUCAAGUCGUAGUGCAACUGGAGGCGAUUCAAAGGAAUGUGUCGCAGCAGAGAUCAAAUACGCAGAAAGUCCCAGCAUUUGCAAUGGGCGGAAUGCCAGGAAUGGAAUGCCAACAGGUAAUCCUUUCGCGAUUCUUAUUACAAGUCUCUUGCGCCGUUUCUUUCGUGUGA